AUGUCUGCGAAAGCUUUGGUGCUUUGUGAUGCUGCAGCGGUUCAUGGGUGCCUGAUGUAUGAAAAAAUCAGAGAUCGUUUCGAAAAGGAAGCCAAUUGCAUAUUACUACACGGUGGUUCCAGCUCGCAUCACAGCCAAAAAAGAAUUUCAAUCCCUGGCGGUUGGGGGGCCACUGGUGCCCCCAAUGACGCAUUUCAUCAGUGGUACCACCUGAUGCGCAGAGCUUUCCAGAAAGCACAUGCAGGGAUGUCAGAUGCAGUGGAGCUACGUCAUGCCAUGGACCAGCUUGACAUCGCAGUGGACGGAAACAACAGAAUGUCGCUAAGCAUCGAAUGUUCACUACGAGCUGAUGCAUUUGCACUUCGCAAGCUGGCUGAGUAUUCCGACGGAAAGUUAAUCCUGUGGAGUUGGUCCUCCCGUGGUCUCAUCAGCCUUGAAUGGAUUGCUGAACUUUACCAUGAUGGAGAUCUUGCUGCUGCAACUGAGGCCCUAUCAGCUGUCAAAGGCAAACUGGCUGAGCUAUGCAAGUUCAAUGAGUUGCCUAUCGUUGAUGGGGCUGAGGAUAAGCAAAGUGAUGCACCUAUGCUGGAAGGCGAGGUUUUGAGUUUUUGGGCUAUCUCGGAUCCAACCACUGACUCAGAACCAAUUCCACUUCCGAUCUGGACCAGAGCAUCGAUAGACAAGGCCAUUUUGAAGUGGCGAAACCAGGCCACUGUGUGGGAAGAACGAAUAGCUAAACGUUUACUGGAAGGCAAAACCAAACUGCCACCGAAACAGCAGAAGUCCUAUGAUGAGUUCAUUUCCAGCAAUGCCCGCAGCAUUGUUUUCGACAAACGGAGGAAUGCAGAAGUUGUGAACUUUGCUUCCAAGUCUGUAAGCACGUUGAAGAAACACUGUCUACUCCUUGUGAUACACAUGAGUGAUGAUGCAGAACAACUUGGUGUGACAACUGGUUGCGGAAAAGAAUGGAAGCUUCGUCUGUUGCAGCAAAGCAAGCCGGUCAGUGACGUUGUGCCAAAGGAGGUGGAUCACUUUUCAGGAAACUUGUUGAAAGACCAUGCACUAUGUGACAAAGAAUGCGCCGAAGAUCAAGGUGAGAACAUUGAAGAUGUUCCCGACCAACCGCAUGGCAACGAUGAGAACAUGGAUGAAGAGAACUAUCACAUGGAUGAAGCUGAAAUAGAAUGGUUCAAUGAUUCGGACUCUGACUCUGAAGGUGAAGAUCAUGAUGCAGCAGCCGAUGCACCAAGUGAAGGUGGCACUACUGGCCCGGCUCUACGCGUACCAGCCGUGGAGAAGCAAGCCGAGUACAUUCGCUUGAAGGAUUUGGGCAAAUCAAAAGGCAAAGGGCGAUCCUACGAUGAUUGGGGCUAUGAGGAGAAGAGCUACGGCAAGUCGUCCGGCAAGGGCUGGGGCAAGUCCUCCUAUGAUUCUUAUGGCGGUGGAAAGUCUGGCGGGAAGUCUGGUGGAAAGUCCUCCGGCAAGGGCAAAGGCAAGAGCAAGGGUGGCUACUACUGA